UAAGCCAAAAGAUGAUGAAUUUUGCUGUUCCACUCGCAAAAACCCUCAGAUCACACAUGCUUAGCUUUUCAUUAUUUAGGUCUUUAGUGUCACUUUUAGGAAGGAGGGUAAGGUGUUUCUACUGACUUCUUUCUUUUGCAAUUUUAUUGUCAAUUUCAGUUGCGUUUGUUGCUUUUAGAGUAGCCUAACAGACACUCUGGAUCAUUGUAUUUCGGUUUAACACACACGUCAGAUACAGCUUCCUCAGCGAGCAGAUGGUACACACUUUUCAAAAUUAUAACAAAGGAGGACUUAUACAAACACUUUUCCAAGGAUGAUGAUGUGCUCUCGUUUGAGUCCCUUGCUCCCUCACCUCUUGUCGUUGAGGCUGCUGGGUACUGCGGCCUCCAGGACGGUGCCGGUCAAGCAGCCCAACCUUCUCUCAGCGACUCUGGCCUUUGAGGAUCCCAGUGCCUUCAGGGUGAAGAGUUUGGUUGAGCUAAUCCGUGCUCUGGGCGUCUUCCGACUCUGCUCCUUCCCUCUGCUGGUUAACAACUGUGGGAAGCUGAUGUCGGUAGCACGCACCCUCUUGGGGAGGAGGGGGUUUUCCUUGCUGCUGCGACCCACUGUGUAUGCCCAGUUUGUGGCCGGAGAGAACGAGAGUGAGAUCUCUCAGUCCAUGGAGAAGUUGAGCUUGCUGGGACUGAGGCCCAUGCUGGCAGUACCCAUUGAGGAGGAUCUGGGAGAAAGCACUGGAGAGAAGAGAUAUGACGACAACAUGGAGGCCAUGUUGGAAUGUGUACGAAUGUCCUACAGCAACGCUUGGAGCAAAGACCCGAUGAUGCAGCUGAAGAUCACAGCCCUGCUCAGCCCGGAGCUGUGUGUGAAACUCACAACCCUCAUCGCACAACAACCAUACGACCUGAAUCUCCUUGUCAGAGCUAUGGAUGGAGAGCCAAUCAGCUUUCCUGGUCUAGAUGAAAGUGAAGUUACCCAUUUCCUCUGUGGCCUGCACAGACUCAACAAAAUAGGAGAGGCAAGUGUGAACAAAGUCCGAGUCCUGGUUGAUGCAGAGUACACCUACAUGAACCCUGCCCUCUCUCUUGUCACCAUGGCAAUGAUGAAGAAGUUUAACAAAGAUGGAGCCUGGAUUUGGAAUACAUAUCAGUGUUACCUGAAGGAGUCUAGGUCUCUCCUGUUAGAAGCUCUGCGUCUGUCCAAGGAUGAGGGUUUCUGUCUGGGAGUCAAGCUGGUACGAGGAGCCUACAUGGACAAAGAGAGGAAGCUGGCAGAGAAAGAGGGUCGUCUGGACCCCAUCCACAAGAGCUGGGAGGACACCAAUGACAGUUACAACGGCUCACUGGAUGUGAUGCUGGAAGUCAUAUCCCAGAGACCGGAGCGCUACAGGAUCAUAGUUGCCUCUCACAACGAGGAGUCAGUGAGACGAGCCGCCAAACGGAUUGAAGAGUUGGGGAUAGACAAAGAUGGAGGCUCAGUGUGUUUCGGCCAGCUGCUGGGCAUGUGUGAUCACGUCUCCCUUACACUAGCUAAGGAGGGUUAUGCCAUUUACAAGUCAGUGCCGUACGGCUCAGUGGAAGACACGCUCCCCUACCUGGUGCGUCGGGCUCAGGAAAAUCGCACCGUGUUGCAGGGAAUCCGCAAAGAGAGGGACCUACUAAGGCAAGAGCUCUACAGGAGACUGAGCCUGAGGAGAUGCAGCUAGCAGUCCACCAGCACAGAGGGAAAACAGAGAAGAGGCAUUGGUGUGGUUAUAUUAAGGUUCUCAAUCAGGAAAUGGUGUAGAAUAAGGAAGCCACAUGGGAACACGGUUGGCCAGUUGAACAAAAGAAAAGUUCAUAUCCAUGUACACUUAAGCUACAUACUGUAUCUCUGGGGUUGUUAAGAUUGUAAUACCCAAAGAGCUCAUUUGAAAACCAUAACCUACUGUAUACUGAUGAAGAAUUUAAGUGAAUGUAAAUUAACUUGCAAUAGAUAAAGUAGUUUUGAUCUAAAUUACUGUGUGUAUCGUAAACUGAACAAUGAUCUGAUGACAACUAAGAACAAUAAGUGCAACUAUGUUUUUUUAGUUUUAUGGACAAGUUGUUAAAAAUACGCAUUUCAAAUAGGCCUACAUGUAAUAUUGCUGCUGCACAUUAAAAACAGUCAAUAUCUUUUGUUUUAUAGUAUUAAACUACAUAAAUGUAUGAAAUACUUAUUUUCACUUUUGCCUGCUGGUCUAGUGAAGCAACAUUUGGAUGCACAAACUGAAGUCAAAGUGAGGUACUUAUCCAGUUAUCCAUGUGAUAAGAAACACAUUGCCAAACAACAAAACUGGUAUUGACUGUUGAAAAGGUUCAGUGUGGAUAUUUAUUCUAAAAUGCAAUUUUAAUAAACAGAUUUCCAUCAGUUCUUGAAA